AUGCCAGGCAAGGUGAGCUAACCCUUCACUGGAUUCGAUCAUGCAAAUCACCCCAACUGACCCUUACAGCACUGCUUUCCCCCCCAAGCGCGCCUCGUCACGUGCCCCUCCCUCUAAACGAGGACGGACCUCGAAAACCCGCUCCAGCGGCACCCUCCUCCCGUUGAAACAACACACCACGACAGCCAAAAUCAACGCCAAGAGGAAGAAAAUGUCGUGCGUGGUUGGAUCGCAUGGGCUGGGUCAGAAGGUUCAUGAUCGGGAUGCGAGGGAGGAGUUGGAUAAGCACGAGAUGGAGCUGAGGAAGGAGUUGAUGCCGCAGCAGGAGCAGGUAAGUUACGAGUUUCCGAUGAGGGUAAGGUGAAAGAGAGAGAGAGUGUGUGUGUGUGUUGCUGAUGUUGCUUUUGAAUUGCACUUGGUUAGGAACCGACGGCAUUGAUUGUUCGGAAAGAAGCGCCUAAAGAAUUGGCCAAAUCGGGGAGUGCGCUCGCACAAGCUCUGGACGGAUUGGCUGUGGCUACCAAAUGA